GUGGACUAUAUUUACAUUGUCAGUACCUUUUUGGGCACUAAAUCACGCUUGAUAUUUUUCGGAGUCCUUCUAGUUCGCCUUCCCUAUUUGCGUUCCCCACAUUGCCGGUCGCGGACCGCGAUCUAAUGCUAACGACCCGAUCUACAUAACGUCCAUCUCGUCUCGAACUUCUUUCCCCUCCUCCCCUCCACUUAUAUCUGUCCCCCACAUCUUCGCUAUUCGACGCCUCUAAUGGGUAACAACCCUUCCAAGGGCCCCGCCGGAGAUGUCCCGUCGACUUCGGGUCACUCGACCCAUGCGGGUUCUGCGGGUGACAAGAAAGUGACUCGCCGACCAUCGCUCAAUGCUCCAUCAGGCACAGCAAAAGCCACUGCCGCUGAUCCCUCUGCAUCUAAAGAGACUGCAACUGGCCAUUCAGCUUCGCAAAAUCAGGCAUCGGUUCAACAGCGUCUUCAAUCGCGCAAUGUCCCAGACUCAGCGACGCGGAAUGCGCCUGAAUCUAAGAGAAUAGAUUCUCACUACAAAGAAAUACCCUCCCUCGAUCCGUCAAACCCCGUCCAGGUACCGACUUCACGAACUAGCGCUAGGCACGAUCACUAUACAUCUGUAGCGCCUUCUGGUCCACCUCACAAUGCCUACUACAGCGCAUCUGCCCAUCUCCAGCGGCCACCUCGAUUGCCUCUACCAAUUGGUGAUGCCACGGCGACGCCAGGUUCACCUUAUAUGGGGUCGCCUCCCUCGGAUCGAUUGCUUGAUGAACAGACAGGUCUGGGAGAUCCAAACCUGGGCGAUGCUGCCGUCGAAGAUGAAGAAGUUUUGGAAGAGCUGGAGCCGUAUACAAGCAGUGGUGUAGGCAGGCCUGUCCCCACGAUUAUAGAAUGGACUGCUCCUGGCGACAAGGUUUAUGUCACUGGAACCUUCGUCAACUGGGAGAAAAAGUUCCGUCUACACAGAAGUGAAAGUAACCCCGGUGUUAUGUCAACGAGAUUAAAUCUCCGCCCUGGAACACACCACCUAAAAUUCAUUGUAGACGGUGAGAUGCGCGCGUCGGACAGUCUUCCCACUGCAGUAGACUUUACCAACCACCUCGUUAAUUACAUCGAAAUAAGCGCCGACGACACUAAUCGGUCACGGAGCGGGAGCGAUAAAACAUCUCAAAGCAACGUUCCUCCCGGAGUCCACCCUCCGCAAGUCCUCCCUACUCGAGUUGGGUCGGACCAGGUUGGAUCCGGAUCAGCCGUCGAAGAUCAACCGGACGAGCUGGAAGAGAUCCCCCAAGGAGACUUCCGUCGUAUAAUCCCGCAGUUUCUUGUUGAUUUAGACAGAGAAGACGAAACACAAGAGAGCCCAGCUUACCAACAAGCUGUCAAUGUGAUUGGCGAUGCACCUACGCCGCCAAGUCUUCCCUUGUUCCUGGGGAAGUCGAUAUUAAACGGCACUACGCCAAUGAAGGACGAUAGCAGCGUGCUGAACUAUCCCAACCAUACUGUUUUGAAUCAUCUGGCGACGAGCAGUAUCAAAAAUGGUGUCCUUGCUACCAGCGCAACAACCAGAUAUAAACGCAAGUACGUAACGACAAUUUUGUAUAAGCCAACCGGGGAUAUCGCGGGAUAGAUAUAAACACACAAGACGCCACUGCAUAUCCCUUGUUCGGUUAGGAGCGGUACAUUACUCCUUAGCUAGACAAGACCUUGAUAAACGUUCUUCGCCUAAUGAAUCUCUGCUGGCUCCGUGAUCCAAUUCGUCUUUGAAACAUCUGAGGAAUGCUUUCUAACAGAAUCAAUAUAUCCUUGGGACUUAAUGGCUGUCCACGUAUAUGGGAUGUCUCCCCCCAACCCACCGUCCCUUUUCUUUUUCCAACAAACGCACAUACAUCGGAAGCCAGGCAUAUAGCUUUUAGGCGCUUGUUAAUGGGCUGAAUGUUAGGCAGGAGUUGUUUGACUACUCAUUUCAUUGAAGGCGCUUUGAAUCACCAUUUCUUCCGGAGUUUCUUGGGAUGCAUCAUUAGCGAUAAGAACUUUAACAACAUGUCUUGUCUUUCCCCUUUCUGCUCGCCAUGCGACUGUGUCGUAUGUGCUCCAGUGCUUCUUGGCUAUACCUCAAAUGCCUAAUGUAUACUAGCAUUAGUCAAAUCCAAUACGGUCUAGAGUGAUGCUGCGUCAUCUAUGAAUCAUAUACUAUCACAUACCA